CCGAACAGCCUCACACCCGGAUUCAAUAUAGACCUACACAUUACCCGACCCGGCCCGAAUUUCGUCCUUCAAUCAACACGUGGAAACGCCAAAACCCUAAUCCUCGAGGUAUAAAGCUGCUGUUCAUAAAAACCCUCGCUUCUUCUAACGCAAUUUCCUCUCUCUUUUGCAGCUUUCUUGGGUACUUCGGCAGUGAUAUUGCGUCUGAGCUUCAAUGGCAGCUGCAGAACUCGCUUGUACCUACGCUUCCCUCAUCUUACUCGAUGACGGGAUUGCAAUUACCUCUGAGAAGAUUUCCAAAUUGAUCAAUGCGGCGAAUUUGACGGUGGAGUCAUUCUGGCCAAUCCUUUUUGCGAAGUUGGCUGAGAAGAAGAACAUUGAAGAACUCAUGGUGAACGUCGGUUCUGGCGGCGUUGCUGCACCUGGUGCCGUUUCCGCCCCUGCUUCGGGCGCCAGCGCCCCGGCCGCCCCUGCUGCGGAGGAGAAGAAGGAGGAGCCCAAGGAGGAGAGUGACGACGAUAUGGGUUUCAGUCUCUUCGACUAGACUUUAGCAUUUUGGUAUUGUCUUUACGUCUGGCUUGAUUGGGAAUUCUAAUUUUGUUAAGAAUUGUUGAGAGUUUAGGGUUUGUAACAUGAAUUUCAAUCAGUUUUGAUCCGUUUACACAAGUUAGAUAAUUUUUUAUUUGGUUCUUGGAUUAAUUAUAUGUACCAUUUGCUUCUUGUUUCUA